AUGAUGCAUCAUUUAGACAUGGCUCUACUGUCGGCAUUUGUGGAGAGGUGGCAGCCGAACACAAACACCUUCCACAUGCCAUUUGGGGAAUGUCGAUCCUUCUACAUGAUGUGCAUCACAUUCUUCGUAUUCUCGUUGAUGGAGAGCUGA